AUGUCAUCGGGAUAUCGUUUAGUUGCACUAUUGCUAUUUGUUACAUUAUGGAUUUAUAUUAUUUAUGAAAUAAAACAUUCAUCAAUGAUUAUACUGGGUGGAGAAUUUGAUCCAGUUUGUAAAUAUAAAAUGAAGCCAAUGUAUCAACCUUAUUAUGAUUUUCAUAAUGAUACUAUACAUAUUGCUAUGCUAUUAACUGAUGGUAUUGACAAUUGUUAUCAAGCUGAAACACAAAUUAAAUCAAUUUUAUUCCAUCAAAACAGAUGGUAUCCAUCUAAAGAUGAUUGUUGUCAUUUUAAACAUUUCACACAUAUUAAUUCAAAUUGGUUAACAGCAAUUGAUCGUGUUCAAUCAUUUAAUGAAGCUAAACGUCAACGAUUUCCGAUUGUAUUUCAUCUUAUUGUUGAUCAAUUACCAUAUGAAUUUAUGAAUAGAUUAAUGUCUGAUUGGGGAUUAGAUGGGAUCAGUGUACAAUUUUAUCCAAUUAAAAACUAUGAAGCACGGGUCAAAUCAUUUGUAUUCGUUACACAAAUUUUACCUACUGAAAUCAAGAAAGUUAUUGUACUGGAUGCAGAUAUAUUAUUGAAUGAUGAUAUAUCAAAUCUAUGGAGCAUAUUUGACGAACUCAGCAAGGAUCAAUGUAUCGGUAUUGCCGCGGAACAGAAUCCAACUUUCUACAGCAAUAUGGGAAAAAGGUUUUGGCCAGCAUUGGGUUACGGUUAUAAUGCUGGUAUUUUAUUAAUUCAUUUAACUAAAUUACGAGCAAGAGGUUGGGAUGAAAUUUGGAUGAAAACUGCAUUCAAUUUAAUGAGAGAAGAACGCAUUUUACCAACUGGUGAACAAUGGUAUUGAGUCAUACUUCAACAAAAUGGGUUGGUUCACUCAUCAUCUGUGCUGCGUAUCACUUCGUAUAGUUUCGCUUAAUUUUUCUGAUUGUCUUCCCGGAUCAACGAGUGUGCGAAAUAUAUGUAUUUGCAAUUCAUUUUCCUAUUUGGCUCAUUUCAUUACGUUAUUCUCUAAUGCGAGUUAAGUCUUCAGAAAUGUACGACGCUUGAUGGCAUGUUUAUUUCGAUAACAAUCACCAUACGAUUUAACUGGAGUUAGAUACAGAGCCAUUAAAUGAAUAAUUCAUUUACGAUCGUUC